CGAUGGAGAUUUUACCAGAUUUCCUCUGCCCCAUUUCCAUGGAGCUCAUGAAAGAUCCGGUGACCAUCUCCACCGGCGUCAGCUACGAACGGAAGAACAUCGAGAAAUGGUUCUUCACUUACAAAAAGAAGACGUGUCCGGCCACCAUGCAAAGCAUCAAGAAUUUCGACAUCACGCCGAAUCACACCCUCAAAGCAAUAAUAUUGCAAUAUUCACGACAACCUUCGAUCAACCAUGAUGACAUGUUGUGCCUACUCAACACCGUUAAGACGUCGCCGUUUAAGGUGAGUUCCUUGAAGAAACUCCGGUCGAUUAUUGAGAAAGGUGAUGAGAUUGUAAAGGCAGAUUUUAUUCAAUCUAAGGGAGUUGAAGUGCUAGUAGAAAUUGUUGUACAAGUUGCUUUUGAGAGCUCUCAUGAUUUCAUUGCGUUUAGAGCUUGUGAGGAGGCCAUGGGAGUUUUACAAAAUCUCCCAUUCUCCGAGGAAGAAAAAACAACCUUUGAUUUGUUGUCAAAGCAAGAAGCUAUGAAGUCCAUGGCAAUCAUGCUUCAAAGAGGAAGUGCUGAGUCAAGGCUUUACACAAUUACAAUAUUCCAAAAGAUGGCAAAAAGUGGGUAUGAUUGGCAUUUUGUUAUUCAAGAUGUGGAUUUCUUCAAGGCAUUGCUGGAGAUGGUUUCUGAUGAGAUAUGCACCAAGGCAAGCUCAUGUGCCUUGGAAGUUCUGAUAGAAAUUCUGGGGUCGUCGAAGAAAAGCCGGUUACGGGCGAUCGAAGCGGGCGCGGUUUGCGUCCUCAUCGAGCUUUUGCCGGACUCGAACAGAUCGAAAUGCGAGAAAGUGCUGGUGCUGAUAAAGUUGCUAUGUGAGUGUGCAGAAGGGAGGCAGGCCUUGGUGGAGCAUGGGAUGGGAAUUCCAGCAAUAUCCAAGAGAAUGCUGCAUGUCUCCACCACAGCAACAAAGAUGGUGGUGAAGAUUUUGUGGGUGAUUUCUAGCUUUCACCCAACAGAAAGGGUGUUGGAGGAAAUGCUGGUUUAUGGAUCUGUGAAGAAGCUUUUGGUGUUGUUGCAUAUAGAUGGAAGGAGUUCAUCAACAAAGGAUAAAGUGAUAAAGAUGAUCAAGUUGCAUGGGAAUUCAUGGAAGAGAUACCCUUGUUUUCCUUGUGAAUUGAAGGAAUAUAUGGCCUUUGUGAGUAAUUGAUCUUGCUAAAUUAAGGAAAUUGAAAGAUGGGAGAAAUUUGAUCAUUAAAAGAUGCAAAAUAUUAGAA